CGUGUAUCAUUAGGGUGAAUAUGCUUAUCCUUCUUUUCUUUAUUCCUCCUGUACAGCUAAAAGUUCAUGUUCAAGAAUCACACGAGACUCCCCAAUACAAAAUAAGGGGAGAGAGUGCUGUUCUAGAUGCAUCUUUUUCAUUCAAAACAAGUCAUAUUUCUUAAACAAGAUUCAUACAAGGAAUUUAUACCCAAAGAUAUGGGAUUGUGAUGUUCCCUAAAAAACCGUUUAGAGUAGGGGUAUCUCUGCUGUUAGAGAUUACAUUCAUUGAACUAUACGAUUAUUAACCCGCUAGUUUGUAGAAAGACUCUCUUGUUGUAAAUAAGACAAUAUACAAUUCUUUCGGUUACGCUAAGAACGAUUAUGCAUUUCGCCAAAGUCACUUUGACACAAAGGUCGUCCCGUCUGAGCUCAAAAUUUGCCUCAAGGCAACCUUGGGAGACAGUGUGUGAGUGUGAGUGUGUGAGUGUGUGAGUGUUCUUCUAAUUAAAAAUUGUACAAUGUCAUUUGCUAAAGAACGUGAAAGGCGUCCAAAUGCUGGCAGUAGGAUGCGAGCACUGCUUAAUCAAGAAAUAGAAAUGGAGGAACUGUUUGAAUAUAAAGAGAAUGACGAAAGCGAUCAAGAAUUUCCAGAACAAAUGAUGGAAGAAGAAGAGGAUGUUGUUGAUUCAGAUUUUGAUCUUGAUUCUUCAGAAGGCGAACAAGAGCAAAUAGAAGAAGGCCAAGAAAUGGAUAAAAAGAUUGCGAAGGAAGAAAAGAAAUCUCGCAAAAGCACAUUUAAUCCCACUAUACCCAAAGCAUUUAAAGUUACACGGAAACCAACUGAACAGCGGAAAAGAAAAAGAGACGUGGAUACCGUGCAGGAUAGAGAAGAUCGUACGGUACGACAGUCAUCGAGAAGAAAUACUAUGCUGAACCGUAUAUUAUUGGAAGAUCAGAUAAAAGAGCAUGAAAAGAAAAAGGCACUUCAACCCAAAAGAGAUCGCGCAGUAAGCGCCGAAUUGACACAAGAAGAAUUACUAGCAGAGGCAGCAGUGACAGAAGAAAAGAAUAAGUCAUCCUUACUCGAAUGGCAAAAGAAGGAAUCAGAACGUAAAGCGAAUGCUAAAAUUAAGGGUGAUAAGGAACUUAGUGGACCCUUCAUACGAUAUCAUUCGUUCAUUGAGCGUUGUACAGAAGAUGGAGAUGGAGAAGCAAGCGAGGACAAGGAGCUCUUUGAACCAAUGGGAAGAAAUUUGAUCACGUUUGUGGAAGAGACUGAGGAUGAAAAAAAAGAUGAGCUUGACCUUGACUCAGCUGGACUCAUUCACCAUUUAUCACCUUGGUUGGUUAAAGAGCCAAAACCAAAUAAACCGAUCUUGUGUCCCAUCAGUGGUGAAACAGCAAAAUAUAGAGAUCCUUGUACAGCUGUACCAUUUGCUAAUUUGGACGCAUACAAAGUCAUAAAAUCAUGCCUGGAUAACCAGAUGAACUGGUCGCCUACUCUUGGAAUCUAUUUGGGUAAUCUACCUAGUGCCAAUGGUACUCCAGAGGGAUGGAAUGUAUAAUAAAAGUACCAAUAAACAGCAGGG